CCGGCUGGUGGAACCGCUUCGCUUGCGUACGGACUGGGUUUUCAGUUUGACAUCUGUUAAAGGGGACCGUUUGACCCGGCAUGGCUGAAGACGGUGUCGUGGAGAAAAUGAGCGACAUGCAAGUGACCGAAGGCAGAAAGGAGGGGGCCGGAGGCAAUAAAGAUGGAGGGAAGAAGAAGACUAAAGGUGCUGCUGGAGACAAUGGGGGCAGGGUGGAGCUAUCCCCACAACCUCAGUACAUCGAGGAGCGCCUUGCUCUGUACAUGAAGCUGAAGGCUGAACAUGGUGCCCUGAUGGCUGAGAGGGCAGAGAAGGACAGCCAGGCGAUCAAGGUGACCCUGCCCGAUGGAAAGGUGGUGGAGGCUGAAUCCUGGAAGACCACGCCAUACCAGGUGGCCUGUGGAAUCAGCCAAGGCCUUGCUGACAACACAGUGAUUGCUAAAGUGAACAACUCUGUGUGGGACCUGGACAGACCUCUGGAAACUGACUGCAAUCUGCAGCUGCUUAAGUUUGAUGAUGAGGAGGCUCAAGCCGUGUACUGGCACUCCAGUGCCCACAUUAUGGGUGAAGCCAUGGAGCGUGUGUACGGGGGCUGCCUGUGCUACGGUCCCCCCAUCGAGAAUGGCUUCUACUAUGACAUGUUCCUCGACAGCGAGGGCGUAUCAAGCAAUGACUUUCCUUGUCUGGAGAACUUGUGCAAGAAGAUUAUCAAGGAGAAACAGCCAUUCGAGAGGCUGGAGAUAAAGAAGGAGACUCUUCUGGAAAUGUUCAAGUACAACAAAUUUAAGUGCCGUAUUCUGAACGAGAAGGUCACCACUCCCACGACCACGGUUUACAGGUGUGGCCCCCUGAUUGACCUGUGCAGGGGACCUCAUGUGAGACACACUGGGAAGAUCAAAGCCCUGAAGAUCCACAAGAACUCCUCCACCUACUGGGAGGGAAAGGCCGACAUGGAAACUCUGCAGAGAAUCUACGGUAUCUCCUUCCCAGACUCCAAGAUGCUCAAAGAGUGGGAGAAGUUCCAGGAGGAAGCCAAGAACCGGGAUCACCGCAAACUGGGCCGGGAGCAGGAUUUGUUCUUUUUCCACGACCUGAGUCCAGGGAGCUGCUUCUUCCUGCCUAAAGGGGCCUUUAUCUACAACACCUUGGUUCAGUUUAUCAGGAGUGAGUACAAGAAAAGGGGCUUCCAGGAAGUGGUGACACCAAACAUCUAUAACAGCAAGCUGUGGCAGACCUCCGGCCACUGGCAGCACUACAGUGAGAACAUGUUCUCCUUUGAGGUUGAAAAGGAGACCUUCGCUCUUAAGCCCAUGAACUGCCCUGGACACUGUCUGAUGUUUGACCACCGGCCGCGCUCCUGGAGAGAGCUGCCCAUUCGCAUGGCCGACUUCGGCGUCCUGCACAGGAACGAGCUGUCAGGAGCACUGACUGGCCUCACUCGGGUCCGUCGCUUCCAGCAAGAUGAUGCUCACAUCUUCUGCUCCAUGGACCAGAUCGAGGGCGAGAUCAAGGGCUGUCUGGACUUCCUGCGCACCGUGUAUGACGUGUUCGGCUUCACUUUUAAACUCAACCUGUCCACGCGACCAGAGAAGUUCCUGGGAGACCCUGAGGUGUGGGAGCAGGCAGAAAAGCAACUGGAGAACAGCUUGAAUGAGUUUGGGGAAAAGUGGAUCCUGAACCCGGGAGAUGGAGCGUUCUACGGACCAAAGAUCGACAUCCAGAUAAAAGAUGCCAUUGGCCGGUACCACCAGUGUGCCACGAUUCAGCUGGAUUUCCAGCUACCGAUCCGCUUUAAUCUCUCCUUUGUCAGCCACAACGGGGAUGACAAGAAUAGGCCGGUGAUCAUCCACAGGGCAAUUCUGGGAUCAGUGGAGCGGAUGAUCGCCAUCCUGACUGAAAACUACGGCGGCAAAUGGCCUCUGUGGCUCUCCCCUCGUCAAGUCAUGGUGGUACCUGUGGGACCCACCUGUGAGGAAUAUGCCCAGAAGGUCCAGCAGGAAUUCCACAGCACAGGCUUCAUGACCGACGUGGAUCUGGACCCGGGCUGCACGCUUAACAAGAAGAUCCGCAACGCACAGCUGGCCCAGUACAACUUCAUCCUGGUGGUGGGAGAGAAGGAGAAGAUGAGUGACACGGUUAACGUUCGCACCCGAGACAACAAAGUGCACGGCGAGCGCAGCGUCAAGGAUUGUAUUGAGCGUCUGCAACAGCUGAAGUCUUCCAGAAGUCGGAAUGCUGAAGAGGAAUUCUGAGCCUUCCCAAACUCACCACUGCCAUCUUGUCUUUUUUCGUCUUCUUCUCUACAGCAGCUAAUAUCCGGUUUCUUCAGAGGCACAUGGAUUGUGGAAAGGUGUUUUGGGGGAUGGGAUAAAAAACGACUUCUACAUUGUUGCCUGAUCUCAACUUUCUUUCCCCAGGAAUCAGAUUUUCUAGAAAGGAAAACUACGAACAAUUGUUUUUUUCCAUGUCUUCUAUUUCUGCCUGUGAAUACAAAAUCAUUUUGUCAUGAACUGUCCUGUACUGGUUACCAUGCCCUUCACUGAAUUCACACUUAUCAGUGAAAUCACUCUGGCUUUGUGUUGGCGCUUGUACAGAUUUACACAACUUUUCUGUAUAAUUCAGUUGAAAUAAAAUAUGAUUUUACCUUCACUCUUCUCAUAACCGUUACCACAAAAGGAAUUGAAUCAUCAUGAAUGAAUAUGUUGGUGCUGGCAAAAUGUUUUGUAUGUCAUACAUCUCAUACAGGGAAUUGUACAUGUUAACAUUUUGAUAAGAUUAAAAGGUCUAUUCUCGGUGA